AACGCAAGCGAGAACAGUCUAAGCAACCGCUUAGUUGCUAGACAACAUCAAAAUUUCCAGAAACAACAGCUUUAUCGAUAUUCCUGGUAGACCCCGGUGACCCUGGGAGUGUGUUCUCGACCCCCGACAGGAGCAGUCACACCCCGCCAAGAUGUCCUUUCAGCGGAUCAAUGUCAAACACGCCUCCAUAGCCGCCCGCCAGCGGCAGUCGCGGACGACCAGGAUGACCCGGCACACCAUUUUCAAUUUAAAGAGACCCAUCACCUUCCAGGUGCGCAAGUCGCUGGUGGAGUACGUGGACAUGGAGCUGGCGGACAUGGACACCUCGGUGUUCUAUCAGCGCAUCUUCAUCCUGGCCAAAAACUGCCACUUGACGCCAGUUGAGUCCAAAGAGCAGUUGCCCGUCGAUGCGGUGGUGGAGCAGGCUGAGCCUGAACCAGAUGAAGCGGCGCCCAUACAGUUCAUGGAGGAUGUGAUCUUCGAUAACACAGAAACGGAAUCGCCCGUGAACACCGCGGAUCCAGCGCCCAUUCCUGCGCCGGAAGAAGCUGCGACGGAAACUGCAGAAGUAGUCACCCACAUGUUCCGUUUCAGUGAAGAAGAUCCUGAAGAAGACUUUGUAGAAGAGGAGGAACUGGAAAUGGACACCCAAGCACCUGAUCAGCCCAAGGACUUCUUUGCCAUCUUCAGCGAGCGCCUGCAGGAGCUGCAUAAGCAGUGCAAGGCGCUGGCCAUCACGCCGGAUCCGAUGUGCGGAUUGUUUCUCCACAUGGGCGAAUACAGCAUGCUGAUGCUAGAGUCCUCCGAGGACAUGAUCGGAUGCUUCACACGGGCCCUGGCCGACUGCUGUGAGACCUUCUGGUUGAUGAACCGCGUCUUCCAGAUCGAAGAUCACGUGCAAGAGCUCUAUACAAAAGAUCUCAUGUUUCGCCGCAUCCCUUCCGUCUUUCUGAACGAGAAGUUUCCCACCUCCACGCCCACCGAUGAGUAUCUCAUGGGAAAGCAGCACCUGAUCAUCAAGGAUAAGCUGCUGACCAUCUGCCGGCUGCUCUCGGAGGGUCAGCCAGUGGAUCCGGACGCGAUCUCCACGCGAGAAAGCGACAUGGAGGACGAUAUGCCAAAGUCAAAGUCCAAGAGCUCAAUCCUAAGCGAACACUUGCCGGUGGAGGUGUUUCGAAAGCACCUGCCCGAGAUCCAGCGCAUCGAACUGGUUUUGGCUUCCACGCGAUUCUACUACGAGUUGGGGGAGUUCGCCAGGCUCUACGGCCGGGUGCCCUUCGCCCCCGACGAGGACGGUCUCUUCUGGCCCAUCCAGAGCAACUACACUCCUCCGAACAUCUUCCGGCGCACUCCGUACGACAUUAAUCUCACCUUUGGCGAAUAUGCCGCGGAGGCUAACAAGAGAAAAACCCACGGGAGCCUGGUCGGGAGUGUAGCUGACGAGGAGGAGGCUCCACCAAAUGAAGAGACCCCGCCAAAGACAGAAUAAGUGAUUUGCCGUCAAGCGAACAAACUGCCAGUUCCAAAGAAUUCGCUCCUCAGCAAGUAUGUUUCAGCAUGUAUCCGAACCUAAAGAAUUCGCGUAUAAAUAAAGAAAUCCCAUUUAUAGUA